AACGUGACUGAUGCCAAAUUCUCGUCCUUCUGAAUCUUAUGCCACAAAGAAAGGCCAGAACACUCCAAAAUGUACUUCAAAGGGAGACAACUGUGCUCUACAGGGAAAGGAUCAGCAUGAUGUCUUCAUAUAGGAACCCCGGCUGGAGUACUAGAUUGUGAAGCAAUACAAUGUCAUUCACCGUUGCCAGCGUCAGCCACUCAUGCUGUACUCGAAUUGGAGACCUUAUAGUGUGGUAGCUCAUGAUCCUUGAUAUCAAUACUUGACACCCUGUCGAAACAGAACUUGGAGUUAGAGGAUCGAAAUAGCAUGGAAUCAAAAACAAACAGUAAGCUAUGCGAGCAAAUUCUUCAUCCAACCAAGUCGAUAAGGCUUCAUCGAUUGCCCUCUCGCCGUUCUUUGAUCUCACCACGCAGUCCAAGAGACCCGCCUGCCGAUUGUAGUGGGACUACACGUACCAUUAGCCUUAUAUGCUUGGCCAUUUCUGCAAUCAUUGGGUUAGCUUGUGUCGCAAGUGGUAUCUACAUCGCUGCAGCCAAGCGGGACAUAUACAAUGUUGUACUACCUCCAACAUGGCCGGGUGGGCCUCCAACUUACAACGUCAUACCAGGGAUGGUCGCGCUCUUCCCUGACGCGUCGCAUCAGCUUGUUCUCCCUGAACUAUUGCGUCUUGCCUUCACUGUUGUGUACACCUUCUGCGAUGAAUCCAUAGGGCUCGUACAUGGUGUCACUCAAAGGUCUACGCUAGCGACGCACUCUACUCAAUUAUCUCGAGGAUUCGCUGUAAAGCGAAGACGCGCUCUCCAAUUUAACACCAAUCUCAGGUUUUUCACUGCCCCCACACAUGAGGAUAUAGGUACCUUUCACCCGAACGGAACACUAUGUAACGCCGUAAUGGCACUGCUCCACAUCCUCGCAUAUUCUUCGCUAUCGCUGUCUAAGCUGACAUUCACUGCGAAAAUUUGUUCCGAGAAUCUUGGGCCGAACCGAUGUUCGAAUGAGGGUUGGGAAAGUUUCUGUGUUUCUGCCGUUCCAAUUCUUGUACUGGGCAUUUCUAUUGUGCUCCAAGCAUCCAUCGCUCUUGCGGGAAUACAUUAUACCCGUAUAAUUACCUGGAGUUCGUCACCCCUUGUCUUAUUGGCUGCGAUUCUUCGUGAAGGACAGGUCACCCGGGUUCCAGGUCGAUGUAUGUGUAGUGUUUUGGAGAUCAAAGGCUCUACGGCGGAACCAUACCCGAAGAAACCUUCGCUCAUUCAACCAUCCGCAUGGAAAGCGCAUCGGGGGAUCAGACGUGUAAUUAGGGCGCUGUGGCUCUCUGUCGUGGUUUGCGGAGUAUGGGGAGGUGUCAUCGUCGCGGCGUGGCAUGGCGAUACCCAAUCCGUAUCCAACUUUGACACUCCUGGUCUCGGAUCCUGGGCCUUCAUACCUACAAAUAACUCGAACGCGUUUGUGUUCGGCCCAAGCUUUACUGGAUCGCCACUUUCGCCUUCCUCGUGGAUCAUUUGCUAUAUUGCGUUGGUUGUAGCUCAGGGAGCGCUUGCUCUUGCAUUGCAUUGCUCCGAGAUGAUCAUGGAUGUGUUACGCGACGAGUAUAUCUGGAGGCAAGCUGUUCAUAGGAAAGGGACCAAGCCGUCGAAUCCUAUCCUUGCUCUUAUCAAUUUUUGGCCCUGUGAUGUUUUGCGAAUUGCUAAAUUUUUCCUUCACUGGGUCUUCGGAUUUUGCUUGACUCUUCAAGGUACCAUUGCUUACUUUGGCGAUCCUGACCAUCCUCAAGAUGAUGGAUCCGACACACAAUCCUCAUUACAGGUCAUUAUGCGCUCAGUCCAGACAUGGUACCUCAUGCUCUUCCUAGCAUUAUUCUGCGCCUUUGUCACGGUCAUGGCUCUGCACAACCCUCGAGGGUCUCAACCGGCUGCAUACGGUCAUAUCCAGACCUUGGCUAAUCUCAUCGAUGACUGGGCACCUGAUAUGACGAUGUGGUGGGGUCAUAAGGAGGGCGAGGGGGUUUACGACGAGAGCGCCGAGAAUGAAGAGAAUAGGGAUCAUAAGAUGAUACACCACGCUGGUACCUCGGGCUCACCGCUACCGUUUGUCGAUCUGGAUUAUACGUAUGCAUGACAAUCAUGGUAUUUAUAAUGUCCAUAAUGUAGUAAUUGAAUAUGUACAUGCUUUUCAUGCUCUGCUAGCUCUACUGCAUGUACUACGAGCUCAGACUUUUCUGCUGUUUCACCUUAUUUUUCGAUGUUCAAUCCUAAAAACGUUGAACGGCGAUAAAUAAUGAGCGCUUGAGCGCCUAUCAUGACAUCUCCUGAAUCCUGAUCGUCUACGACAUUGGAUAACUACUUUGUCAUAGGGGACUAUAUUUCUUGG